AUGUCAAACUCAACUACAGCCUCGCUCGUGCAGAUGACGCCACUUGGGCAACUAUUCGUCUCUACUAUCUGCCAAACCUACUCAUGGUAUCGACAGAAGAUUGCAACGUCUGAUCCCUCAGCAAUAUUCACCCCCAGCGCUCUCAUGCCUGCCCCCGAGACGACUGUCAUCGAGGUUAUCCACACGGAUGAGAAAGGGAUGCACACUACCGUGCAAGAAGUCCCGCUCACGCCGGUGAUCCGCCAUGCCAUACCGCCUACGCACUUGAACAUCGUGCUGCCUACUCACCUGGCUCCUGUACCGCCUACGCACCUGAUGCAGGCUCGGAAUGAGCAAUCGUUCAAGCAGUCAUCCGAGCAGGUGCACACGCAGGAGCAAGAGCAGGACCUAACAACCCUCAUCGGCACACGCACUUCUUCUCCUUCCCAGACCGCCGCGCCUCCAACGCCCGUAGAGAUGACCUCGACCACGACAGCCCUCCCGCCAUCCUUCACGACCGUGACAAAGACCUACCCCCACCUCCUCGAUACCACAUCGGCAUCCACAGCCUACGUCGACGUGUGGCCGCAGGUCGGCUUCGUGCCGAGCGAGUUUGAUGUGCCGCAGCUGUGGCGCGAGACGUUCGAGAUGAAGGCGCAACACCAGCAGUACAUUGCUCUGGGCGCUGUUUGCUCUGUCUUUGUGGCUGGCGUGGUUGGCGUGCUGGCGGCGGGGUGCUUGAAGUGCUGGCUUGAUGGGAGGAGCGGGCGCAGGGAGAAAGUGGUGGAAAUGGAGCAUGGGUGGGAGUGGUUCUAG